AUCACAAUUUGUUGUGCUUAACUAUACAGUGCUAUUACUGUAUUCUACAUAAUAAGUAGGCCUACUGAGUCCUAUUAAUAACGUGUAUACUCUAGGGUUAGUGUUUAGUUUAGGUCAGGUCAGUUGCAUGCAAGUAUGCAGUGAUAUAAAUUCAAGCAAAUAUAAGAUAACUUCUAUUUUGUUUAUUGGCAUUUCUAACGAGAGCGCAACUGUCAAAAUCAGACUGGUGACGUCAUGUGUUGCGUCAUGUUCUCCUGCCCCCUCCGUUAUUCCUUACAAAGGGAAAACAUCUCGCGAGUAGGGUUUUGUUAUGAAAGCUUCGCGGACGCUGUUUUACGGUAUAUUAGUUUAAGCCGAAACGCGGACAAUAAGAGAAGGAAAACUGCAGUUAUCGGCAAAGCACGACAUAUUUGCCAGCGUAUCCGAUAGUGAUGCGUGAACAGACUCGUGCGCUGUGGAAUCUUUUCCAAUGAUAUCCAUAAAUCAAGAGGGAAGAUCCAGCACGGACGUAACAUCGGAAUACUUCUGAUUUUCCUCACAGCGAUGCUCAAGUAUUUGAUGUUGUUAAUGAUCAGCUCUGGAGUAACGUUACUUGAGGAGUAACACUUCAUAAUGGGAUGAUGUACUGUGUGUUGAUACUGCUGUUUGCAUCAUAAUCCCUCAACUGACAAUCAGAUGCUAUCUUACUGUGAUGAACUCAGAUCAUCUCCAUGAGGUUCCAACUGGAAAGAGAGAGUGAAAGUUGUCUCAUACAAUCCCAAACAUUUAACAGACCUCAACUCAUGAAGUUCACAAUCUGAACUAUGAAAAUGGAUAAACUCACCAUUAUUUCAGGAUGUCUCUUUCUCGCAGCAGAUAUCUUUGCUAUUGCAAGUAUUGCAAAUCCAGAUUGGAUCAAUACAGGCGGCCAAGAGGGAGCUCUUACUGUGGGUCUAGUCAAGCAAUGCCAGACCAUCCAUGGUAGAAACAGGAUAUGUAUCUCCCCGAGCCUUCCUCCAGAAUGGGUCAUUACCCUGUUCUUCAUUAUCUUGGGCAUCGUCUCGCUCUCUAUCACAUGUGGCCUGCUUGUGAUCUCACACUGGCGGCGAGAGGCAACAAAGUAUGCCCGCUGGAUUGCUUUCAUGGCAAUGAUCCUCUUCUGCAUGGCUGCCCUCAUAUUUCCAGUUGGAUUUUACAUCAAUCAAGUCGGAGGACAACCUUACAAAUUACCCAAUAAUACUGUUGUUGGGUCCUCAUAUGUACUUUUUGUUUUAUCAAUAUUUUUCACAAUAGUUGGACUUCUUUUUGCGGGUAAAGUCUGUCUGCCUGGCUGACAAUCCCUCUGGUUUUAAGAUUUUUUUUAUGCUAAAUUUUUUAACUACUUGACUUUUUCAAUGCCAGUGUGGUACAAAUAGCCAGAGGCGGACAGAGUGCACAGCUUCAUAGCUUGAGUAAAAGUACAGAUACCACUUGCUAAAUUUUACUCGAGUACAAGUAAAAGUACUACAGUUAGAUGUCUACUUAAGUAAUUUGUUUUUAAAAGUACUUUAGUAUCAAGAGUACAAGAGUACAUUUCCUAAAUAUUGCAUUACUACUGCCACAGUGCUUACUUACAUUUAUGUACAGAAACGUCCUACAUGGAGUUGACAUGGAUGAAAAAUGUUUAUGUUAAUACCUUGGAGAAUGUAAAAGGAAUUGAAAGUAAAAUCAAGUCAAUUUAAUAAUUUUAGUGACUCGCAUAUUUCAAUAUAAAUAACUUGAUGUGUUUUCUGAAGAUGAAUGAAAGUCUUGCAUUUUCAAUUCAAAUGCGAGUUCUGUCUCUCUAUAGACUGCUAUGCAACUAUCACUUUGACGCCUCAAAAAUGUCAUAAAGAGAAUCGAACACUUAAGUCCAAAUUUUCAGAAGAGACUCAAUGACUUUAUAUGAUGAACAGAUAGAAUUUAGGCUUUUAUUCACAUAUAAACAUUGAUCACCGAACAUAAACAAAAUUUUUACCAUGUUGCUUUAUUUAACAUUAAAGAAAAUUUCUGAAAAUUGAAAUAGUCUGGUGAGGUGGGGCCACCAGCUGUGUCUUCAUCCGUUGUUUCGUCCAUGGUUUCGGAUUUCUUAUCUAAAUCUGACCAUAGAGUUGACUUUGACGGAAAGCUGAAGGUGAUUGCUGAGAGGCUGUCCCAAUUAGUGGCGCCUGCACA